UCGUCUCCUUCGGCUCAACACCUCAUUGCGCCCCUAACUAUACUCCCCUGCCCUGCCUGACGCACCUUCGCCUUGCCUUCGCAAGCUUCGCCAGCUCCCCUCCGCAGAUCUGGAAACUCUCGCCAGCUACUACUACCGCAGCUCCGGUACUCCCUCAGCUUAGCGGCCCGUCCUUUUAUGUUUGCUCUCGCCGCCGUUUUCUAGAUCGUAAAUAAUGUGCUGGUGCUUCAGGAGGUUCGGGCGAGGUUCGAGGUCGGCGUGAGGGCGUGCAAGGGCGUAUUGCUGUUAGUGUUGUAGGGACUUUUGGUUGUGGCUCGGUCGGGAUUUGGAGGGAGUGCAGUUUCUGCGGCGCUGCAGAGGGUUUGGUGUAGAGUGUCGCAGAUCAUUCGAGGUGUUGUGGAGCAGCGUGUGCAGGUUAGGGGUUGGAGAUAUGGAGAAGGCAGCUGCCGUGGUUGUGGGAAUUGUCGAGGAAGCUGUGCGUGGCGUGGUUUAGAUAGAUCUGAAGAGCAGGGGAGAUCUGAGGUCAAGGUUGAGGUUGUUGUUGGCGCGUGGUUCUUCGGUUCGUGCGAACAUGUGAACUUUGCAGAUUGUGGAACCUGGAGUUUGGCAGUGUUCGAAGUUCAGGUGUUUCAAGAUCUGUAACCAUGCUACACCACACUUGGAAUGCGUGUUAGAAAGGCAGGCUGAAGCCUUAUUUUAGGAUUGCGGCUGUAUAGCGGUGGGCAGGGAGGGACGCAGUCAUGAGCACUUCUCGCUUUAUCAAGUGCGUUACUGUAGGAGAUGGAGCUGUGGGGAAGACGUGCAUGCUUAUUUCAUAUACCAGCAAUACAUUUCCUACUGAUUACGUCCCUACUGUAUUCGACAACUUCAGCGCGAAUGUCGUGGUCGAUGGGAAUACCGUCAACCUGGGACUAUGGGAUACAGCAGGUCAAGAAGAUUACAACAGACUCCGACCUCUUAGUUACAGGGGUGCCGAUGUGUUUUUACUGGCAUUCUCUCUCAUCAGCAAGGCUAGUUAUGAAAACAUCUCUAAGAAGUGGAUUCCUGAACUAAGACAUUAUGCGCCAUCUGUGCCUAUCAUCCUCGUGGGAACGAAACUAGAUCUUCGAGACGACAAGCAGUUCUUCGCUGAUCAUCCAGGAGCGGCUCCAAUAACUACCUCUCAAGUACGCCUUGAAGGUGAAGAGCUCAGGAGGUCAAUUGGAGCAGCCUCAUACAUUGAGUGUAGCUCAAAGACUCAGCAGAAUGUGAAAGCAGUUUUUGAUGCCGCCAUAAAGGUGGUUCUUCAGCCACCCAAGCAGAAGAAGAAGAAAAAGAAGCAAAAGAACUGUGUCAUUCUCUAAUUACGUGGCGGUCCUUAUGAUUCGGCUCAGUUUUUGGAGCUGGUCAUAGUCAUUGACUAUCAGGCUUGGUCACACUUGGGUUACUACUCAGCUGAUAUUUAGUAGUGUAGGUUUCACGGGUGAUUCGCCACAGCCUAUUUGCGUCUUCUUCUCUGUAGAAAUUGGGAUCUCAUGAAUUGUAGUGUAUUCUUUUCUCCUGCUGGUAAUUCGGUGAUGAACAUGGGGAGUGAUUUUGUUGAUGGUGCGUCCUGCACCAUUGACCUAAGGGGCUACCUCAUCUCCAAGAAAUGCUUUUGGUCAUCAGGCACUGAGCAAACAUCUUCUGCUAGCCAAAAAGGGGCUGCAGUAGGAAGCUUUGUAGACUUAUCAGGCACUUGCACUGGAAGCAUCCCCACUUCAAUGCACUUGCAUUAUCUGUUGUGUUUUUCACCUCUGAGACCAUUGUUUUUGUCUACAAUGUGUAGAUUGCUUUAUGUAGUCGGUCACAGCCAUCAUGUAGCAGGGUGUACCUUUUUCUUCUAAUGAAACUGUCGCUUGUGUUCAUCAUA